AUGCAGUACAGGUACGGCGCUCUUCUAAAAGAGACGUUCGCUGACGAAACUGUGCCGGAAUACUGGACAAAGCAGUCCUCAAGCGGACGCUCUGUCCAUGAUUUCAUGGUUGUCCACCCGAAGGUGCGAUGGGGAUCGUCUUCAGCUUCAAAGCUCAAGGACCCACAAAGGCAACUUGAGGAAGCCGUCACUCUUGUAAACACACUGCCAGGUUACCGUGUUGUAGAAUCGACUAUAAUGGGGGUGGAUUAUAAUACUAAGAGGAAAAGAGUAUGGGGCACUGGUCAGCUGGAAGCCUUGGCAAGGAUAAAGCAACAAUCACGGGUCACAGCGCUCAUGGUGAACGUCGACAUGUUAUCACCUAUCCAGCAAGUAAGUGUGUAC